AUGCAGGCUCUGAGCUCCCGGGCUCAUGCGUUUUCGGUGGAGGCGCUGGUCGGUAAGCCCUGCAAGAGGAUGAAAGUGUCGGACGGGCAGGACACAAGUUCAUCAGGAGACACCGGCAGCGACACGAGCACCUUUACCGGUUCAGCACUAAAGAAGCCAGACGACAGCUCCUGUGACUCGGGCAGAUCGCGCCUCGGCACAGUGAGUGGAGAGGCCGACCCGGCUGGAGAGGAGCGGAGGCCGGGGGAGAGUGACUGCUACCCGGACAGAGAAGUACGGGUAGAGCUGCAGGGCUCGGAGCUGUGGAACAGAUUUUAUGAGAUCGGCACCGAGAUGAUCAUCACCAAAGCUGGCAGGAGAAUGUUUCCGUCAGUGCGCGUCAAAGUGCGCAAUCUUGACCCGUGCCAGCAAUAUUACAUCGCAAUGGAUGUCAUGCCUGUGGACUCCAAACGCUACAGGUAUGUGUAUCACAGCUCGCAGUGGAUGGUGGCUGGAAACACGGACCAUUCCUGCAUUUCUCCCAGAUUGUACGUGCACCCGGACUCCCCGUGUGCAGGAGAGACGUGGAUGCGCCAGGUCAUCAGCUUCGAUCGUGUCAAGCUGACUAACAAUGAGAUGGACGACAAGGGACAUAUCAUUCUUCAGUCGAUGCAUAAAUACAAGCCACGCGUGCACAUCAUCCGCCAUGACCCCCGAAUGGACUUGUCACAGAUCCAGUCGCUGCCUGCAGAGGGUGUGCACAGCUUCUCCUUCCCAGAAACCGAGUUCACCACAGUCACAGCCUAUCAGAAUCAGCAGAUCACCAAGCUGAAAAUCGACAGAAACCCGUUCGCCAAGGGCUUCAGAGACCCGGGGAGGAAUAGGGGAGUGCUGGAUGGCCUGCUGGAGUCAUAUCCCUGGAGGAGUCCCCUCAGUUUGGACUUAAAGCCGUUCACCAUCCAGCUCCAAGGGAGCUCAGGGUCGCCAACCAGCAGCGCUUCCCCUCUGAAGAGUCUCCUGCCUCUGUCCUCCUCUUCAUCUCCAUACCCGUUCUCCUUCUCCUCGCUCUCCUGCCAGGACACGACUCUUCACGCCCUCACUCUCCCCCUCUAUGGCAAAGCCUCUCCCACGUCACCCAUCUCCCCUCUGGCCAGCAGAGGCUACUCCUCCUUGGGAGCAGACAGACUAAGGGCCUUGCCCUCUUUGUCUCCGCUAACAGACCUCCCCCUCCUUACAGCGCUGCAGGGAAAGAAAGUGUCCCACUGUAGGGACCCAUGUCUACAAGGCUCUCCAGGGACUUCACCUUUCCUAAUCCCCCUCCAAGGCCCCCUCAGCCCUCGGGGGCCUGCCUCGUCUCUUCUUCCCCAUCUCCCUGACACUGCCGGCCCCUUCUGUCUCUACCGCUACAGCCUGCCCCUAAACCCGCACCUCACAGCUGUUUCUCGCCAUGCCAAGCUAUCCGAAGACACCGCAGACUGUCUCCUGCGCCAGUCUCCUUGGCACCCAACUGCCAACCACUGCCUCUGACAGCUGGACCGCGCUUACAGGACCCGGUGCUGGCCACGGCCCUGGUCCCUUGUGUGUGCCGGGACAAAGCUUACUGCAGACUCACAAGAAAAUUAAGAAGCCUGACUAUGAGCUGGACGAACCGACCGACUCACAGGAGUGUGGGCUGCUGUUGGUGCUGAAGACAAAGAUGCCAUGUUGGGACCUUGCUGCAUUUAAAAACUAUUUGGGACACAACGUUGGAUUCACCGGCACUCAGACUGAUUCUGAAGCUGCCGGUCAGCAGCUCCCCUUCACUCUGUACGCUCGACCAGAGCUGAAAGGCCCAAUAUGUUGAGUCAAAAGAAACGUAGAUGGGAAACGGGGCAUUAUAUGGGACUGAAAGUGUAGAGCCGCUUUAUGGCUCACUAGACCUUUCCUCCCCAUUUCACUCCUCCGCCUUAACACAGGCUGUAAGGCUGUUACCAAAGCGAAUCGGCAGUAAGACUUGAGGUAUGUGACAGCAUACAUACUAAUGAAUGCGAGAAUGAUUGUUAAACUCACCAUCGGUGCUCAUGAAAAGUGUUUUUUGAUAUUUUGAAACACUUUGAUCAGUUGAUACAGUUUUCAAAAAGCCUGUUGUUUUUCAUGCAUAUUUGUAAACAAAGUGAAAGAGAAUACAUUUUCUUACGCUCUUAGUUGUAUUCAUGUGAAU